AUGAGUUCUCCUUGUUUCCACGUAGCUAUAGUUGGAGCUGGCCUGGGAGGGCUGGCUGCCGCCAUUGGUAUCGCUCGGGCCGGCCAUAGAGUCACUGUCUUGGAGCAGCAGGCAGACGUUCAAGAGGUUGGUGCGGGCAUACAGAUCCCCCCCAAUGCUUCGUAUAUUCUCCAGGAAUGGGGGCUCCUCCCUGAGGUAGAACAAGUGGCCGUUCGACCGAGGGACUUCAUUGUUAGAUCGUACCGAACUGGCAAAGUGCUCUGCGUCCAGAACGCUUUCCCCUAUACCUUUGAACGAUAUGGCGUGCCAUACCUACAUAUCCACAGGGCAGACUACCACCGCAUCCUCCUUAAUGAGGCAGGCAGACUCGGAGUUGACGUACGCCUAGACAACACCGUCAUCGGCAUCGACUUCGACUCCCCCGCCGUCCACCUGCUGGGUAAGCCAGAUUUCCACACCGACCUGAUCAUUGGUGCCGAUGGUCUUCGGUCCGUUUGCCGCCAGGCCCUGCUCGGCCAUGCUGAUCAUCCCCAAAUCACCGGAGACAUGGCCUAUCGCAUCAUUAUGCGAGGAGAGGAUGUCAAGCGCCAUUCGGAACUAGCUGACCUGGCUGAGAGACCCGGUAUGACCCACUGGAUUGGCCCGAAUGGACAUGCCGUAUGCUAUUCCCUCAAGAGCGGGGAGAUGCUGAACCUCGUCCUCGUCUGUCCGGAUGAUCUACCGGAUACCGUGAAUCUUGCCGACGCUGACCCGGACGAGAUGAGAACUUUUUUCCAGAACUGGGACCCGCGGCUAAAGUCUCUGCUCGGCCUGGUCAGGACGACGCAAAAGUGGCGGCUACGGAAUAGCGGAGAGAUGGACUCCUGGUCCCAUCCAAGUGGGAAAUUUGUCUUGCUUGGUGAUGCCUGCCACGCCACUCUACCGUACCUUGCCCAAGGAGCCGCUCAGGCUAUAGAAGAUGGUGCUGCACUCGGUACCCUCUUCGAACGCAUCAAAGACAGCUCUCAGCUGCGUGAUCUUCUCUCUAUAUAUGAGGCCACGCGCAAAGAACGCACCUCUAUAAUUGUACAGAGCAGUUCCGCACUGAGACACAUACUGCACAUGCGAGAUGGGCCCGGCCAGCGCAAUAGGGACACCAAGCUUUACCAACGAAGCCCCUUUGAGUCAUACCCUAUUCCUUGGAUUGAUCCCAAGUUCCAGGCUUACCUCUUCAGUUACGAUGCCUUUGCCGAAGCAUCCAAGGCCUGGGACAGGUACAUGAAUGGCGAAGACACUGCAUCAAAGCCAAGAGUUCAUGCACAUCUAUAA